ACUCUAAUAAAAGAACACACAAUGUCCAAAAUGAAGCUUUAUUUCAGCAGAGCAAAACUACAGGAAGAGCAACAGGACAGUGAAGAGAGUAAAGACAGAAAUGUCAGCAUUGUGUAGAACUGAAACUCUAUUGUAGAUGGAUGUGUAAGCAGCUCAGUGUUAAAUUCUAUCUUGGAGCUGAGAGUCUUCACUCUGGCUCUUGCUGAACGUGACCGGAUGAUUGACGCCGACAUGGGAGACCGUACAGACAAACUCCUCCCCCUUUUCCCAGAGUGCUUUGCUGAGUUGAUUGCAUCAUCCACAGACCUUUGCUCUGUAUGCAAACUGCAGGGGAUCCAGCAGGGGGUCUGUAAUAGCCUUCAGGGGGGUUAGGAACAGGUGUUCCAAGACUUUCCUGAUCACAGAGGUACAAUGAUGCGUGUCUUGCUUCUGGCUCUGCUGCUCUCUCAGGUUUGCUGUGAUAUGAAUCUAGACGGCUACUGGAAAUCCUGGAAAACUGAAUUCAAUAAAAACUACAGCAGUGUGAGUGAGGAAGCAUACAGGAGAGCAGUUUGGGAGCAGAAUGUUUUUAAAGUGAUGAAGCACAAUGAAGAAGCUGCAGCAGGACAACACACCUUUACCAUUGGGAUCAAUCACCUUUCAGACAUGACAACAGAAGAAGUCAGUGCUAAACUGAAUGGUCUGAGGGUGGAGAAUUUUUCUCCUCAGGAUGCUAAUGAGAAUUUCACCUUUCUGAGUGAUUUCUCCCUCCCUCCCAGUGUGAACUGGACUGAUGAUGGAUUUGUCAGCCCUGUGCAGAACCAGGGUGAUUGCAACGCAUGCUGGGCGUUCAGUGCUGUUGGAGCUUUAGAAGCUCAAAUGAUGAAAAAGAAGAGUCCGCUUGUUCCUCUGAGUGUUCAGAACCUGAUAGACUGCAGUAGUAUGGAGGGAAACCAUGGCUGCCAUGGAGGACUCAUGACUAAUGCCUUUAAUUACAUUAUAAACAACAAUGGAAUCAGCACUGAUGCUGACUACCCUUAUGAAGAAAAGGUCGGGUUGUGCCGUAAGCGUCCUAAACCUGCACGCUGUUCUGGUUUCCGGGUUCUUAAACGUUUGAAUGAGUUUGAGCUGCAGAAGGUAGUGGCUAAGAUUGGACCAGUUGCAGUGGGAAUUAAUGCGAAUGAGGUCACAUUUCACCAUUACAGUAAAGGUAUUUAUAAUUUCACUUGCCAUAAUAACACAUUGAAUCACGCUGUUCUGGUGGUCGGAUAUGGAAAAGAAGAAGGGCAGCAGUACUGGCUGGUCAAAAACAGUUGGGGUGCUGAUUGGGGAGAGGGGGGCUACAUACGAAUGCUGCGAAACAAGAAUCAGUGUGGAAUCGGCAGCUAUAGUGUUGUCCCCAUUGUCUGAACUCAUUUCUCACAUAUCACAUUUAAUUUUUUUUAAACUUUUCUUGCUAUUAUAGACUAAUUCAAAAUUGUUUUUUUGAUUUGUAUGUUAGCUUCUGGUGGUGGUGAUGGAAAAAGUAUUUCUGUUUUUGGAAUGAAUGAAAUCCAGAGUUGCUUAUAUUGUAUUGUAUACGUUCAUGUAAUCCAUUCCCCAAAUUAUUGAAAAUAAAUUUUUUAAUGUUGCUGUA